ACCCCUCGCUGUGUCCUGUCCACAAGUCCAGACUUUGACCCUGAGCUUCAGUCCCCGUUGGCAGGCAGAGGGCUGAGGACAGGACGCCUCAGAAUCAGGAGACUCCUCUCAGGAGGUAAAAUCCUGCGCCCAGCUGUCUCCUUUCUUCAGAAGUCUGGCAAUCCAGUGCGGGACCCUGAAAUAUCGGCUGUUUUAUUUCUCACCUGCUCAGCCCUCAGAUUUUCCAAAUAGUGUGAUUUGCCAGCCCAGUGUGCCUGGUGCUCAGGGACGUGGACUUGUGCCGGCACGAUGCGCGUGGUAGUGAUCGGAGCGGGUGUCAUCGGGCUGUCCACCGCCCUGUGCAUCCACGAGCGCUACCGAUCAGUCCUGCCAUCCCUGGACAUGAGGGUCUAUGCAGAUCGCUUCACCCCGCUCACCAACACCGACGUGGCGGCCGGCCUCUGUCAGCCCUACCUCUCGGACCCCAGAAACCCACAGGAGGCGGAUUGGAACCAGCAGACCUUCGACUAUCUCCUGAGCCGCGUCCAUUCUCCCAACGCCGCAAACGUGGGCCUGGCCCUAGUCUCAGGCUACAACCUCUUCCAUGAAGCUAUUCCGGAUCCCUCGUGGAAGAACACAGUUCUGGGAUUUCGGACGCUGACUCCCAGGGACCUGGACAUGUUCCCUGAUUACAGCUACGGCUGGUUCAACACAAGCCUGAUUGUGGAAGGGAGGAGGUAUCUACAGUGGCUGACUGAAAGGUUAACUGAGAGGGGAGUGAAAUUCUUCCAGAAGAAGGUGGAGUCUUUUGAGGAGGUAGCAAGAGGAGGUGCCGAUGUAAUUAUCAACUGCACCGGGGUGUGGGCUGGGUCAUUGCAACCGGACCCCCUGCUGCAGCCAGGCCGGGGACAGAUCAUUAAGGUGGAUGCCCCUUGGAUGAAGCACUUCAUUAUCACCCAUGACCCAGAGAAGGGCAUCUACAAGUCCCCGUACAUCAUCCCAGGGAUCCAGGCAGUGACUCUUGGAGGCAUCUUUCAGCUGGGGAACUGGAGCGAGGUAAACAACAUCCAGGACCACAACACCAUCUGGGAAGGCUGCUGCAGACUGGAGCCCACACUGCAGGAUGCAAAAAUUGUUGCUGAGUUGACUGGCCUCCGGCCAGUGCGCCCCCAGAUUCGGCUAGAGAGAGAACAGCUUCGUUUUGCAUCUUCAAACACAGAGGUCAUCCACAACUAUGGCCACGGAGGCUAUGGGCUCACUAUCCACUGGGGCUGUGCCCUGGAGGCAGCCAAGCUCUUUGGAAAAAUUCUGGAAGAAAGGAAGUUGCUCAAGAUGCCGCCACCUCACCUCUGAAGACACCAGUAACCACCACCUCCCCAAGGACUCCCCGCUCCCCUCGGCCAACCAGUCGGUGUAUCCCCCUCUAAGCUGUCUCUUCUCCACUUCAGCCCUGGCUCCUUUCUGCAAAAAGUACCAGAGGAGAGGAAGAUCACAAGGCCAUUUCUGGAGGCGAGUCCAUCCCUAUCUGGGGCUCCCUUUGAUCACUGGGGUCUCUCCACCCACUCUGGGCCUGACAGUCUGAAGAGCAGUUGGGGGCCAUUAUACUGCGAGUCCUUAGAAG